AUAUUUUAUGAAAAAUUUUUGCUUUGUCCCGUUUAAAAUCAAAAGUUGUUUUUUUUGUCCUAAGUUUAAGCCUAAGCCUACGGCUAAGCCUAAGCCUAAAGAAAGCCUAAUCUGACUUUUCCCAGCUUCAAAACGGCCUGCAGACAUUUUCCAUUCUUAUUCUGUUUCUUCUCACUUUUUUGAUAGAAGCGGUUUCCCAUAGGUCUCGCUAGGAACUCCAUUCCUUCAGCCAAACUGUCACUUAAAUUUCGUCUUAUUGAACCAGAAUCAGCGGCAUUCGAAAUGUAUUUGCCUAUUGUUCUAAUUCUACUAUGCUCCCUAGUCAACUCAGACCCUGUUAACAUUGAACUCAACAUUGCCCAAUUCCAUUGCCCGAUUCCUAACAAACACUGGUGUGGUGAACUUUUCCUUUACGAAGUUGAUAAUCUGACGGGACAUGAUUUGCAUCGGCAACAACAAUUUUGUCUGUCAGAAGGCGCUAGGACUUUGAAAUACAGUUUGGAGCCUGAAGGAGAUUUCCGCCGCUUGACUACGAGUUCUCCUAUGUUGUCAAUCAUAAUUGCUCCGCGGACGGAAACACUUAUUGUGUGCAACCUGUCAAACCAACAACCGUUAGUAGAUUUGGAACGCGAUAUAUAAAGUUCGACAUUAAAGCUCUCCCAGUUGGCAGCCCAAUUCCAUGCAAGUCACCAAAAGAAUGGAGAGUUAUAAAAGGAUAAUACGUUUUCAGUAUUAAAAAUAAAAGUUAAAAAAUC